AUGCUUCUGAUGGUGCAUUACUUGCAAGGGUCUAUGACGCCAAAUCGUUCAUGGCAUGUUAUUGGUAUAGCUUGUCGAAGCGCGCAAGCGUUGGGGCUACAUUCAAGCGUUGGUGACCGACAUCGGUCGUUCGCCGAAAUCCAAAUCAGAAGGAGGGUUUGGCAUGGAUGCGUGAUGCUUGAUCUGGCAGCGAGUACAAUCCUUGGGCGCCCGGUGAUGAUUUCUCAGAAGCCAGUCACUCCGAGACCCGAGGCGAUUGAUGAUCAUUAUCUCAUGGUGGACGAUCCUAGUUCCCGGCAGUCACCUGGUGUUUUCUCUCUUGUUUCCUGGUUUGUGGAAACAUUGAAGCUACAUGAGAUACUUCGAAGGAUCCUUUUGACUCUCUAUGAUAAUGCGGCACUGAUAGAGCCUGAAAGAACUGAGGAUCACUGGAAAACGCGAAGUGUUCCAGAUAUUCGGACCAUUGCUGAAAUCGAUGCCGAAUUGCAGAACUUUACAGACGGCCUCCCAGAUGCACUGAAAUGGGACGCGCCGAUACAAAAUGUGGGAAAUGAGAGCUUCCCAAGAGAAAGGCUUUUACUUAAAGCAAGGUUCUCCUAUCUGAAGCUUUUGCUUUACCGGCCGGUCUUGUCGCAGAUGCUCCGGGACAACAAAUCGCCUGAAAAUCAUCAAGGUGACCAUCACAGGGGAAUAUACGCGAAGUAUAGCCUGGACUGCUCGGUUUACUGCGCUAUGGCGGCCAUGGAUCUCGUUGAUUUGGUGCAUCAAACCUGUACAACUGAGCUGUCCAGUGUUUGGUUCUACAAUUUGUUUUACACAUUCACGGCAGGGUCUGUGAUUCUUCUGGCCGAGCUAUCGCCCCCGAUUGUUAAUGCUGUCACCAAACGAGCCAUAGAUGAAGAGGUGUUCUCGAAGCAUUUCGACGAUCAGGUCUAA